GCCAUGACUUCGGGAAUAACUAAUACACAGGCACACGCCCCUCUCCCCACUCGGAGAUGCCUUCAACUUGCAUAUUGUUGAGUCUGCAACACCCAGAACGCUCUCAUUCGACCUACUCGACCCAGUUAUCCAUAACAAAACGAGAGUUAGUCGUCCUGGAAUACUAGCCUCACACUUCUUGUCAACAAAAAAAAAAAAAAAAAAGGGCCGCUCGAUCCAGUUAACGCAGCCAUGGCGUCCUCUGUACAGCAAGCGUCGAAAGCAACGACACAGCCAGGAGAGGAUGACGAUGAUAGGAACACCAUCGACUCUAUUCUCCUAGCGCAAGUCAGCAGCAAACCAUCAUCUCCCUUCUUGAGCCCCGUUGUCCCUCGGUCACAUUCGGCCAGUCCCAUGUCCGAGUUUGGCCUACCGGCACCGAGUCACCCGCGGGGCCUGUCGCCGGCUCCUUAUCCUCUCUACCCGCGACGGAAGAUGACGGUGGCGGAAAUGGCGAAACGCUUCUGGAAUCGGAACCGCGGGGUGAUUCUGGUCGCCGUCUCGCAGCUCUUUGGGGCCCUGAUGAAUCUUGCGGCGAGAUUGCUGGAACUGGAAUCAGAUAUGCAUCCGUUGCAUAUCCUCUUUGUACGCAUGAGCAUGACAACGGUCUUCUCCUGUCUGUACAUGUGGUGGAACCAAGUGCCAGAUUUCCCUCUCGGUGCCAGGGGAAUUAGGGGCGUGCUGGUUGUGAGAGGCAUCUCCGGAUUCUUUGGAAUUUACGGGAUGUGGUUUUCGAUGAUGUACCUCCCGCUCGCCGAAGCAACAGUUAUCACCUUCCUCGCCCCUAUGUUGGCAGGGUACAUGUGUCAUAUCCUGAUGAAGGACCCCUUCACCCGCAAAGAGCAACUGGCCUUUCUUGUCGCCCUGGCCGGGGUGGUCCUCAUCGCGAGACCAGCCUCCCUGUUCGGCUCCAGCGGCAUAGCCGCAGAUUCGGAAACGCUGCAUGAAGCACAACCUGACUCAACAACCACAACAUCUCAGCCUGGAGCGGGGGAAGAGCCUACCUCAGCCCAACGCCUCCUCGCCAUCCUAGUUGCCCUCAUCGGUGUCCUCGGGGCGGCCGGCGCCUACACUACGAUCCGAUACGUCGGCAAGCGCGCCCACGCGCUUAUCACCGUCACCUAUUUCUCGGCGUGGAGUACGUUGGUGAGCACGGCCGCGCUGCUGCUCUGUCCGUUGCUCGGGAUCGGACAGGCCGAGCAGCCCAUCAUCAACUUCCGCGCCCUGCUGCGGCCUCUUUCCGCGCAUGAGUGGUUCCUGCUGCUGGCGCUGGGCGUGUGCGGGUUUGUGAUGCAGUUCAUGAUGACGGCCGGGAUCAGCGGAGAAAAGUCGAACCGGGCAACGGCGAUGGUGUAUACGCACAUGUUGUUUGCGGCAGGGUUUGACAAGUGGGUGUUUGGGCACGAGAUGGGCUUGGUAAGCCUGUUGGGCUGUGGAAUGAUCGUGGGGAGCGCGCUGUGGGCGGCGCUGGGGAAGAAGGCGCCCACCGAAGGAAGGAGGAAGGAAGAGGACGUUGAGGGCGCGGGGAGGGUGAGCGAGGAGGCAGCGCCGAUGCUGGAUGGGGCUGAGGAGGAAGAGGAGGGCAGGCUUAAUGGAAGAGAGGGCCUCGCGCGUGAGAGGUGAGAAGCGCAGUCGGCUGAGGUUGCACCCUCGUUCGCUCUUUUUUCUUUUGCAGUUGUGCAGUGAGGCGUAAACCGAACGGAUAGACAUCCCAUGGUCGCAACUAUACCUCAUAUACUUAGGUUGAGUAGGAGCAGGGUUAGGGUAGGUAGAUGGGCUUCAUCAGGGACUUUCAGUCAAGGAAGGUGCGCUAAAGAUUCCUUUCUCGACUGCCUGGCUUCCCUGCUCGUGAUCCCUUCUCGUCCCUCAUGAUCUCACAAAACAAUGGCUAUCCUUCCCCUGGCGUUCACCCUUGGCUGCGAGCGCCAAACUCUUAAAACCUCCAUCAUCCAUCUAAAUCUG